AUGUCAUCAGGCGAUCCAACUCGCAAGAUCGGCAAAGCUCCUUCACCCGGUCCUAGUCGAGCUCAAGUUUCUUCCGCCGCGUUCCUUCAUCACCUUCACACUGAUCCCAACUCCCAUCAUAUCACUUUAUCCGCCGCUGGUGGUCGACAUGGUGUACUCCCAUCCCGUUCCCCACCACCCAUGACGGUACCUCUCGAGACGGGCAAUGUGGAACAAUCUCGAUCUGGCGAUCCUCCUUCCCAAUCUCCCUCUAAUUCCCCUGUAGCCGCUUCGAAGUCGAGCAGUCCAUUGAAUGUUCGUACAUUAUCAAGAGGCUCUUUCAGACGAGGAAGACCCAGCACCGCACCAGGAAGACACUUGGAAGAAUCUGCAUCCCGCGUCGCCGAAUACCCUAGUCCGGACAUGCUCGACGUACCCCUCUUGAGCGAUCCUCUAGUGAUACCCCCAGGACUGCAGGCGAUAGCAGCUUCUGACGAUGCGUGUCUCUCUCAAGUCGCUCAAGAUGAGAUAGAUGCUGCUACAAACGCUUUGGGUGUCGUAUCUCUUCAAGAAGGGACGGACGCCAGUGGUAGGAAGGUUGUAGGAAGAUCUGGGACGUUAGGAGAAUGGAUGGCUACACCCCGUAGUCGUACAAACCCCGAAACCACAAAAAGGUCGCCUUCCGACGUUAUGAACUGGUCCACUUUCGCUGAAGCUUAUUCAUUCGGUCUCUUCGAUCCCAACAGAAUACCCAUGGCUCCUGUCCCCACUGCCCUUUCCUCCGUCACCAUGGUCCCGGCUCGUUCUUCUCCCGGACAGGAGCUAAUGCAACCCUCGAGUAGCGAUUCCAGUGGAGCUUUGAGUACUCGGCUCACCGCCAGUUCUUUCGGAAGCUCUGGAGGUUCCAGUGGGACCACGUUCAGCUCCGCUCCUACUACAUCUACCAGUUCAGGCACUCACUCCACUUCGGCACCGCUCAACAGCUCAAUGGCUGCUGCCAUGGCCGCUAGGAAGGCCUUCGAGUUGGAGAGUAUUCCUCGUACCAAUGUCGACCCACCCACACCCGUCAGACCAGAUCGACUCGCCCUACCAUCUUACUCUUUCGCGGCGGCCACCGUUCGUAUGGCUGCCAACUCAUUCCGUGACACCGACAUUGCACCCUUCGGUGCUCCCAGCCCUGAGCGUGAACUUUUGGAUCCUUUGUCAUCAGUCAUGUCACCUUCGAAUAGCGCCAUGUCAGACAGUGCUAGUUCUGAUCCCGGUGCAUCGAGGUUUCCCCUUAGUAGGAGCGUUUCCAGCGCAUACACCGGUCGAACAAGAGACGAAAAUUACCCUCCUUAUCAUCUACCAACCAUCAAAGCCAGUCCAGUCAGCACCCCAGAUGAAAACUCACACCAUCGAAAAUUGAAAGAAAAUGAGGGAAACGCCGGUAGUCCGAACGUUGAGAAGAAACCACCGUCCCCUACCACUCUCAAGCUUAAAGGUGGAGUUCCUACCACUCGAAUACCACCAGCCUCCGCUCCGCUCGAGAAAGCAUCCGAGUCCGAACCUGUCAUGGAUUAUUUUGGCUCUGCGGCACUAAGAGCCGAAUCCAGCAGUUCAUCCUCCCAGACUGUCACCGAGAAGAAUACCCCUUUCCAUCGCGAGAUCAACCCCGAGGCUGCUCCAGCUAGGCAACUGUUCUCGGAUUUUCAGCUACCACCCGUUGCAACUCCUUCGGAUUUGGAGACCAUAUAUCACAAGGUUGGAUGGCUUCCUGCUCCCAUGCCUCCCAAUGAGGCUGCACGUAGGAGGGCCCUCUAUCGGUUCAACAUUUUGCACACCGCUGCAGACGUCAACUUUGACCGCAUAGCUCACCUCACAAAGCUAGUGUUCAAUCCCAAAAUGGUGCUCAUCGUCUUGAUGGAUGGCGAAAGACAGUGGCAUAAAACACAUGCGUCCAUGGGUGCCGAAGAAGCAGCUCGGAUCUCUUCUUUUUGUGGUCACGCAGUUUUGGGGAGAACUGACGAGCCGUUCGUGGUAUUGGACUCCCAUUUGGACUGGCGUUUCAAGAAGAAUCCUCAGGUCGUCGGACCUCCUUAUGUACGAUUUUACGCUGGAGCGCCCUUGAGGACAGCGGAAGGGCAUAAUGUUGGAACUUUGUGCAUCAUCGAUGACAAGCCGAGGACAGAGUUCCCACCCCGCUCUCGCUUGAUUCUGAAAGAGUUUGCCGCUGUCACAAUGAGGGAGAUGGAGUUGUGGCGAGAUAAACUUCAACUUCGUGUUCGUGACAGAAUACAGACGGCGAUGGAAGAGUUCACCAGGGAAUGCCUCGAGAUGGAUGCAAAAUGGAACGCCACCAAUACGGAAGCUGCGGCGAGUAUGGACGUUGUCUAUGCCCGAGCUACUCAACUCGUGACCUCUGCUCUGGGCCUGGAUGGUUGUUUCAUCUUGGACAUCAGUCAAUUUGAGAUGAUCGAACUGGAGGAUGCAAAUGGCAGCAAGAGGACUAUCUAUCGGGCCGAUCCAUAUGGUCUCGAAACCCAUUCGCCCGUUUUGGAAAGGCAUGACAAUUUCGGACCUGUCGCACCCCUUCCUGUCUUUGCUUCUACCCACCAACCCAUGAACACUCGCGAAAUGACGCCGAUCGAGCAUGAGAAAAUGUCCGAUUUCCUUCUUCAUCAUCGUGAUGGUAGGAUCUUCGAAGACGUCGCUCCUAGCUGGAUCCGAUACAUGUUACCUUCAACACUACGAUAUGUCAUGUGCGCCCCAAUCAUCGGUAUCAACAAACAACCCGUCGCUAUGAUCUGCGCCUACACUUCCAACAAGGCCAAGCAAUCAUUGGAAGGAUACGAGCUUCAAUUCUUGCGUGCUAUCGGGAUCAUCAUACUAUCUGCUGUGCUUCGAAGGAGAAUGGUUAUGGCUGACAAGACUAAAAGUAUCCUCAUAUCUUCGGUCAGCCACGAGCUUCGAACUCCCCUGCAUGGUAUUUUGGCGUCAGCCGAAUUGCUAGAGGAUACAAAACUUGAUUCAAAUCAGAUAUCUUCCCUCGAGACGGUCAAACUAUGUGGUACUGCAUUGAUCGAAACGGUUAAUCACGUACUAGACUUCACUAAAUUGGCUGGUUCCGCUGGGUCUUCCGGUUCCUCACCUUUCAAACCAGUCAAAGCGAAUCUAGCAUUAUUGGUUGAGCAGACGGUGGAGGGAUGUUGGGUGGGUCAACGAGCUCGAUUAUCAAUGGAUGAAUCGGAUAUCGGAAGUUAUUACGCCCCGCCCUCCUCGGCCACCGGUAAAGCAGCUAGAAGGUCGCAAAGGGAGGCUCACAUAGAGCAGCUUGCUCAAGUGGAAACGGUCGUCGACAUCGCUCAACGUGAAAGAGGAUGGAUUGUCAAAUUCGAAAAGAGUGGUUUACGACGUGUCCUCAUGAACUUGGUUGGUAACUCGCUCAAGUUUACAGAAGAAGGUUAUGUUCAGAUCACACUUCGUGAACUCCCCCAUUCACCUGGAGCUACGAAAAUUCCCGUGGAAUUGGCGGUCAUCGAUACUGGUAAAGGUAUCGGUAAAGAAUUUCUCAAAGAUCAGCUUUUCCAACCUUUCUCUCAAGAAAACCCUUUGCAGACCGGUACAGGUUUGGGUUUGGCAAUCGUCAACUCCAUCGUACGGUCCGAUACAGUCGCUGGCAAAGUAGACGUGUGGUCAUCAGAAGGUGUGGGAACGGAAAUCCGAGUUUCUUUCGAGGUCGAAGUGGUCGAGGAGGAUGACGAAACGGACUCUGUUGUCUCUUCUGCCGUUUCGUCUUUCGGCGGAGGAGGUAUUGGUCGAGGAAGAUCAAUCUCCUUUGUGAGCUUUGAUGUCACUCAACGAGGUCAAGCACUCGUCCUUGAUGUCUUGGCGAGUUACGCGAUGGGAAUGCAAUUUGACAUCUCCGACUCUCCCGAUAUUUUCAUCGUUAACGAAGAUUUUCAAUGGCUUCGUGCACACGUGCUCGAGACCCGACCUAUCAUAUUUCUUCUAGCUCGUAGGACAGCACAAGCCAUACGUGCUAUCAAUCAAUUCAACGAGAAUGGCGGCCAAUGUCGUAUCGUUUACAAACCUGUCGGUCCGGCAGGCUUUAAACGACACAUGCAAGAAACAUUGGCAACUCUUGAAGAUUUACCGGAUGAUGAUUGUCGUUCCAACUUUGACACCCCUACGGAUGAAAAGGAGAUCGAAGACUUUGAAGUUGAUCGUCCUACUAUGUCGAGAGAAGAUACUUCAACAAGUCAAGAAAGUACAUCGACCGUAUCGGAAUUGACCAAAGGCAAAUUUCAAUAUACAGGUGAAAGAGUACCUUUACAACGUCGUAGAUCAGAAGAACAAGAACAACAAGCAAGGCCAGCCAUGGCACCUAGAGGUGUGACUUAUCAUAAUAUCAAAUCCUCGACGGCUGGGAAACCCGAUGUGGUCGAUAGUCCUUUGCCAGGAUCACCGAAUAGUAGUUUAUCCACCAUCUCUUUGGCUGACGGAGGUGUCAUGUUGAAAGCGGCGACUUUACCUGCGGAAGCUGCGCCCAAGAGGGAAAGCGUGGUGAGAGUCAUGGUGGUGGAGGAUAAUGCGGUUAAUCAGAAGGUGUUGGGUGCUUAUUUGAAGAAACGGGGCAUUGAAUACGGUGACGCGUGGGAUGGGAAAGCUGGCGUUGAAUUGUUUGAGGAAACGCCCGCUAAUUAUUGGGACGUCAUCCUGAUGGAUAUCUCAAUGCCAAUUAUGAACGGUCACGAAGCCACUCGAGCCAUACGUAAGAUUGAAGACCAACGUAGAGCUCAAGCUUUCAACUCAAAACCCGUCUCUGGUCUUCCUCCCAUACCUUCCUUCUCUGGACCUAGAGGUGGAGCUUCUAAGAUGUCCAUCCCACCCGCACCCGUCCUUCAAGCCAGAGUGAAGAUCUUCGCUUUGACAGGAUUGGCAACUGCGGAUGAUAAGAGGGAAGCAUUUAUCAGUGGUGUGGAUGGGUAUUUGGUCAAGCCAGUUAGUUUUGUGACUUUAGAUGUGAUUUUCAAAAGUGAGUUUGGUUGUUUUGUUGUUUAG